CCCCUCAACUGUUACUGUCCGACAGCGUCAUUACGUCACCCUGCAUCCGAUGCUAGACCAGUCGCAGCCAUUUUACUCCGCGAAAUAAACUUCAAUCCCACAGCUAGGAAGAAAAUACAACACAGAGGACAUCUCCGCUGACAUUGAUGGAUAUUUCAUUGUGAACCAGAGCGCGGACGGAUUCCGGUAACAAGUCACUGCAGUGCGGUAAGUCCACGAAGCCGCGGUAACGCUGUCUUGUUUUUAGCAUGUUAGCCUGUGUUAGCUAAACCGAGCUAACUAGCGAAACUGUGGGGAGGUUGUUGUUGAGGUGCGUCCGUGAUAUGCAGACAGAGACAGCAGACGCGGCUUCUUGACAAUACAAAUAAAUGGACAAAAAUCAAAGGUAUGAGGAGACAUGUUUGGUUGUAUUGUAACAAACGAAUGGCCACCGAAGCGCGUCUCCGUCCUCAAUGGUUGUUGGCACUGACUGCAGCUCACUCACCUGUCAGAUUUAAAGUAACCAGCUAACAUUAGCUGAUCCCACACCCACCCACCCGCCUCCACCACUGCGAGAAAAGUAGCUGUGGUGGAGCCGACAGCCAUGUCAGCGAGGAGUACUUCCCCAGGAAAACCCUAUGCUCUUUGUGUUUAUUCCUGUGUUUUUUUUUCCUCUGGGGUCAGGAUGCUCCCUGAAUGUUGGGCAGGAUCUCUGAGUUGGCAGCCCUGUUACUCAAGUCAUACUGACCACGCACGCUGCGUAAUCCGCUGUGUAAUGUGGCCCCCCCUAGCCUUGCACUGACUCCAUGAUGUUAUCUUUCUGCCGUCUGAUCGAUUGAGGCGAGCAAAGUGAGGCAGUGCUGCAGCAGAUCUAAACAGGUUUUUGGGUCUGUGUGAGUCAUACAGGCUGGCAGGAUGUGGUCGGCCCCAUCCAGCCAAAGUCUGUCACACGAGUGUGAAAAUUCAGGGGAUCAAACAAUGCGCUAAUGCGAAAGGUUAGAUGGGAAAGUAAUUAUCCCCCAGCCUUACAGACGUAUAUACCAAUGUAAUGCUUAUUUGAACCUCCCAGUGCAGUCUUGGCUUGCAGGCAGACUGUCUGUUAACAUCUCUUCAGGGUUUCCAUGCCUCUCUGCGGGGUGAAUCAGUUGAAUUGUAAGUGAAUACGACAGUGUGAGCGUCUGUGUUUGCAUUUAAUCGCUCUUGAUUUUUUCCACAUGUAGGCUAAAUUAGUAAUCAGUCAGUAUCACACUGGCAAAUUCGGUUCUACCAAAGAAAAGGAGGUAUUAGGACUGACAGAGUGUCAUCCUGCUGGAUCGUUAAAUCAGCUUUUAAUGUCUCUGAAGCUUCUUUAUAUAACCAGCCUACAUUAUGCUUCAUUGCAGGCAGCACUUUCUCAACUCCCUUGUUCUUUCGAAUCAAAGCGAUUGAAGACAAGCUGAGUGGAGACUGUGAUUGUCCUCUGGGACAGACCCAUGAUCUCUGAUUCCAGAACCUGAGACCUUAUUGUGUGUUUUUUUCAUUUGUCCAGUUCUUUUCGGUACUGUUAUUGGAAGCUCUUUUCAGGCCCAAGUCCACAAAGGCAGCCAGGAAGGAAAUGAGAGCACACACGUGUGUGUCUGUGGGAACAGAGCAGAACAGAGAGACUCCAGUGAAUGAGGCACGGCGAUGACAUCAUUUCUGUCUUAUCUCUGGAUAAAAGAAGACAUUUUUGUUGGACGACUCUGGCGCUAUUUAAGGCCCAGAAAACUGCAGACUCAAACUUUAGCUUGGCUCGGUGUGGUCUACAGGCUGUGUGCUUUGGUGCUCUUGUGUUCAAAAACGGAUGGCACAUUUGUAGCACCUCUGGUAUCAUUACAGGGUAGUGGUUACGAUAUAAUAUCAAUCCUGAGAUCUCCUCUUUUGUUCAUUUGUGGCCUUCCAGCUGUUGCAGUAAGGGAAACAAAGCCUGUUUGCUUCUAGCUGGCCUUUUUUUUUCAGUACUGCUUUGCUGCUGAUCCAUCACAACAUACUCCUCCAUUACACCCCAAUGUCAGUGGCAUGUUUAUGUCUCAUAACAUUUGCCAGACCUCCUCGGCUGCUCAUGGUUUAUUAGCUCUUAGGACAAGGUGGCAGUCCUCAGUUAUCUAAUGCUGUCAGUUAAGCGAGUGUGUGUAUGUGCGCACAUUUGUGCGUGUUUGUAAGUACUCAAGAGUUCCUCAUUACUGGAAGACUUCCCAGCCGGACCUAUUUGUAGUAAAGUUGACCUGCGACCUCUACUCGCCAGUAUGCAGAGACUGAGAAGUGGUUGCUUCUCUGUGUUUGUUACUGUUAUGGAUACAUGACUCUGUGCUUGUUUUGAUUCACAAGCCUUUAAAUGGAUUCAAGAUAUUCGGCCCCAUGCGGUAAAAAAAACAUGAUUAUGAAAGCGCUGGUGGGACUUUAAAACUCCAUGACAUUGGAGGUUGUUUGUUUUUCAUUCUGCCAGUCGAACUCAAUCAGGAGGAUGUUUUAUGCAGAACGUCAUAAAUCCCUCUCACCUGCGCUGCACACGUUUGUCUCUGCAAGGCGAUGAGAGAAAGAACAGCCUCAGGGGACAGACACACCCACAGUGAGUGUCAUUGUACAGACAACAUGUUGUCUCAAAUGAUAUCAUAGUUACACUCUGAUUUUGUAACAUGCUGUUUCUUCACCGGUCGUACGUGAAACCAGAUCUUGAUUGAAAGCUUUGGUUGCCGACAUAACAACGAGCUUUCAAUGUGGAGAAAAAGCACCAAAGAGCUCUGAAACUCGAGUCUUUUGAUUGUGAUAAUAUCACAGUCUCAUAAGUAAAUGUCUCAUGCAGAGGUCUCUUGAAGAGGUUGUAUUUUUAGCUCUUCCUGUGACACCACAGGGAUCAAACGAUUGCGUCGUCAGUUUGUAGAGUGUUCUGUAUGAGUGUCAUGCAGCGCUUUUCUGCUUUUUAGUCCCUCUGAAGCUCUGCAGUAACUAUGUCUCUUCCAUCCGGACCACUUUAAGACCCAAUACUGCAUGCUGGACAUGCUGUUUUUCAGCAAAGCACUCAGCAAAGUCUCUCCUCGUCAUAGUUGCACAAUCACUGAUUAAUAAUUAAUUCAAGUUUCCUCUGACAAUCCCUGUCUGUUCUCCUCAUACCUGUAGUUUUAAUGGAAAAAUUAAAUGAAACAUCCAGGUAACCCCGCAGUGCUGUCACUCCCACCUUGAACUUCAUGUGCGUACACAGCACUGCCAGCCUAUCCUUUGAUGAAACACAUGGUCCUUGUUGCCCCGUGCCAUUAAAAGACCUGUCCAGGGCAGAGCGACACGCAGCGCCCGCCAUCUGGAUCUGCUCUUUGAUUCUGCUGGGGCCGCAUCGAUGUUUAUCCCACAACGCCUCAUCAGCCGUGACAGUCGUUUGUUCCGUCUUCUUCUCCCACUUGUUUGUGCACCCAGCCAUCCUUCUACCUUUCAUUUUGCCCCCCCCAACACAUAAACACACACAGCAUGUUGUGCUUCGUUUGCUGUCACCUCUGUUCUCCUUUUUUUCCCUCUCGGAGUUCAUGCCUUUCUGCGUGGGUUUAUUAGUUUUUGCUAAAUCAAGGUCGCUGACAAAGAAGAACAAAAUCCAGAGAAGAUUUUUACACAUUUAUUUUGAAGGAUUUGUCAGUGAGGGUCCUGCAUUAAGAGACAAAACUCACUAUCAGAUUAUAAUUUCCCUAGAUGUUGAGCGAACUAAUUCACCAUCAAACCCUGAUUGAGUUGUAUAGUUUGUGUACCCGGCACACAUCUGAGAGAGAGCCAGACGCUCCUCUGUGAGCUGUUUUAAUGGUUUUUAUUCAGUGUCUCCCACUUAGGCUGCAGUGUGAUGCUUCAUUAAGGCUCUUCAGACUUUCUAUUGUCUCUGCACUUCCAUUGUCAUAGAGACCGCUGCAGGUUUUCCUAGCAACUCAUGGGCAUUCAUUUCAGGCCUUGAUGCAUCCCUGAGGGUCUGCUGGUUUCAUUCAGGGACGUUUAAGUGGUACUCAUCAUCUGUUUUCCGCUAUACAAUUGAAUUUACACAAAUCUGUUGAAGAAACAUGAGUGUUUGGUUGAGCUUUGUUAAUAUACCAGGAUUUUAAUUUGUCGUUGUUUUUCAUUAAUAUAUAUAAAGUAUUUAUUCUGUGGAGAUUUUUCUUUGAAACCAUGUCAAAAUAAUUAUUAAAUUCAUAAAUCCAAUCCUUUAAACUUUUGAUAGACUAUUGCAUGUAUUAUAUUUAUGUUUGCACUCUCUGACUCUUUACAGGUCUGACUCCAUGGCUUAGAGUGACCUCUCAGAGCAACCACCCCACACACCUCACCUUUUCCUUUGCUGUCCUUUGCCACUACAGGUAGGCACUGGCUUCAAGAAUUAUUAUUGGUUAGUCAAUAGUAGGGCUGGGCGAUAAACCGAAAAUUUACCAAUACUGAAAUUUACAACAAUAAGCGACAUCUUUUUGCCCUUAUCGGUAUACUUGGUGUCAAAAAAAUAAAUACAUAAAAGUUGGUUUUGGAUGUGUGUGGGUAGGCUAUGGUCUCAUGUCCCUUUAAGACGCUGUCCUACAGCAGAGACGUGACUCCACCCCAUUCAGUCCGUAACAGAGAGGGACAGACAGGUGAGGAGAUGGAGGACGGUUCAAAAGUUGUAGCGACUGAAGUAGACAAAGUUAAUGUGGAGGGGGUGAGUAGCUUGUGGAGUAGUUAUUUAUCGUUAUCAAGGUGAACUGCUCAACAUAUCCUGAUAUUGAUUUGAGGCCAUAUCACCUAGCCCUAGUCAAUAGUUUCUAUAAAGUUGUGACCAAACCUUUAGAUUGCAGCUGUAUAGUUGUGGACAAAAAUUAAUAUUGCGAUUUUUCUCAACCCUGCGAUAUAUAUUGCGAUAUUAAAAUAUAGAGGAAUUUUCACCAGAUGACCUGAAUAGCACUUAAUGUUAUGCUGCACUGCUGAAAUCUUGAGGACAGUUAACCUGCACUGAUCUUACCUCUUUUUGUGAAUGUUAGUAGAACGGCUUCUGUCUGUCUCGGGGAUAUUUUUAGCUUCUGGGACGUUAUUGUGGCGACAGAUGAACACAGAACACGUGUUUUGGUCGGCAUUAUCCAUCUUGUAACCGAAAUAAUUCCAGAUAACUGACUUUCCUUUUCUUUUUGGCAACAAGUCUUAAUCUUCUGUGGUUUUCUCUGCUUGUUGCUUAGUUUGCGAUCGUUGUUGUUGUCGUUAACGGGGUUGUGCUGAGAAACGCAUGUCCUCCGAGAAUUGCAUGCACCUCACAAAACGCGCACUGCUUAUAGUAGAGUGAUCCACGGAAAUGUACAAUUUAAAACCAGUUCUUAUUUGUUGGGCUAAACAGUGAUGAAGAAAGUUCCGAAAGUAAUUCUCAGCGGACACGCGUCUCAAUCCACGUGCAGAACAUGUGCAGGGGUGGGUUUCCUCCUCUCUGAUUUUGAUUGACAGCUGGCAGGAUAGUCUGAUUGGCAACUGAGAACUGAGUCUGAUUGGCAACUGAGUAAAGGACAAAGGUGAUUGGUGGAUCGCUACACAGCACAUGCAGAGUCACAUGCAGUGUAUCUCAGUCAGUUACUCUUGAAAUUAACUGAGUUCAUUCACCUCCGACAUCGCAGGCUCUGCGAUGUGACUAUCGCACACACGUACAUCGCGAUGACGAUAUUCAAACGAUAUAUCGUGCAGGCCUACUUUGGAUUGCAGCUGUAUAGUUGUGGACAUAUCCUUCCCAUUUGUAGGCCUUUCCACAUGCACAUUAAACAUCAUCCAAUAGAGUGUAAUGCACUCUAAAAUAUAGAAUAGGUAUAUCUUUAUAUAACUUAGCAGCCUGUGAUUUAAAUGUUAGUCAUCUUCUUAUUGAAGUCUUUCAAAAGAGUGUUCAAAACAGGUCUGCCACACAUUCUUGACAUCUUAUCCACAAUGUUAAAUGCAGAGAUGCAUUAUGGUUGGGCAGGGCGGCUCAGCUGCUGAACUGGCAUCACAAGCAGCGUGUGCAUAUUUGGGUGUGUAUGCAAGUUGAUUCACAAGUUAUGCAAAAUGACACACAGCAACAGCAACACCUGGCUUUCGCAGGUUCAGAGCCACAGUACAGCGUUUUGUUACCAUGCUGCAGCUGUAAAUCCUUCCACAGUUUUCUAUUAUUGAAUUUCUGUUAAACACCAAUCAAAUAGACUGUUAAAGUGCAACUGAUUUUUUAUCUGACAUUAAAUUUCAUUGUCUAAACAACUCUGUUCUCCUCUGUGGAGAGAUGAGUACAUCCAGUCCACUUUAUUUAUAUAGCACAUUUAAAGACAUUAAAGUUUACGGAAGUUCUGCACAGUAAAAUCAAAAGAAUAAACACUGCUGACGUAAAAAACAUCAAGAGGAAAUUUAAAAAAGCAGGUAAAAAACAUUUGAAAUGAAAUAUGAAAAAAAAAGCAUAAAGGAAACAGAAGUGAUAGAAGGACAGAGAUCACAUAACUCUCAUGUCAAUAUAAAGGCCAAGAAAUAAAAGUCAGUGAACACAUGUGAAGUCUCUUUUCUAUCAGCUAUCCUAAAACUUUGUAUGCUGCUGCUAGAGAUCUGUAACUGCACUUCAGUGACAGAAAAUCAAAAUCAUUUGAGGUGAAACUGUUGAAUAACAAGAGCCAGACUGCGUCAGUAGCUGGAACUUGGUGUUUUAGACCCACUAAAUCAUCAUUAAGAGGCCGAAACAUCGCCGCAGGUCAGGAGCCAACUGUUAGAUAGUGUGGUAAAAAUGUGGUGGUCUCCAGAUGCAACACACGAUUGACUCAGUGUUAUGACCAUUUUGAUUGGUUAAGCUGAAUGUAGCAAAAAUAACAAGGAGGGUUAACCACACUGACUAUACAGAUGUACACAGCAGGAAGUCUUUCACUCUCAAUCUAAAAGUUAAAAAUCAUGGAGGAAAGAAAUGUCCCCUAUCUAGAGAAGUUUCUGUUCAUGCAAACAGUUCCAAGAUCUUUUAACGGUUAUCAAACUCACAGACCGUAUAAAAGAAUGGACAGUGUGACAGUGCGACUAAAAUGAAGCCAAAAUAUUUAGAGACCCUGGAUGAAUGGCUGUCUUACUGAUGAAAAAAAAUUUACCUCCUCUGUUAUAAUAGACAAUACAACUACUAGUGAAAAAUUUUAUAAUUACUUAUAUAUAAGUAUAUAUAUAUAUUUACUCUGAUGUCUAUCCAAUAGUUCCUGUUUUUUUAAAGAUAGUUUUUCAUGUAUUAUUUGAUGCUAAAAGAAGCAGCUUUGUUGACAAAAUCAGCUCCUGCAGCGUUCUGCACUAGCUUGACCUAAAGGCCGAUGGUCACAGUUUGCAGUAACGGUGCAAAACAGUUUGGUUUUUGGUUUUAGCUUAUUUAAUAUAGAUCUGUUUCAAUUUGUUGACAGGAAGAGCAUUUUGAGUUUAACACGCAUUUUCUAUUUUCAAGCCCCCACAUUGUCCAUUUUUAAAACUCGUCCAUCUUUGUUCAUUGGCUUUCAACCCUGCAUGAGACUCGGCUCCUGUUUUAGUGUUUUAUGGUUUGUUUUUAGUUGUUUGUUUCUAUGUUUUUAAAUUAGCUUUUAAAACAUUGAAACUGUGUUGCACUUUUAAAUAUCUGCUUUUAUUUUAUUCGUUGUUUUGUUUUUUUGAUUGUUUUUUAUGUCUGCGUUGUUUUGUCUAUUUAUGUACAGCACUUUGUUCAGCUGCGGUUGUUUUAAAGUGCUUUACAAAUGAAGUUUAGUUGAUUUGAGUUCUAUUGAUUUAGAUAUUAAAUUGCGGUUUUGUUUGUCUCUAUGAAGCUGUCCUGUGUGGCUAACUUGAAAUGUGUCUCUUUAUUUUAGUCAUUCAGCUCAUUAAGUCCAAUCAUCCACAGUGAGUGAGACGCUCUCCAUUUUUCUGUAACUUAAGCCCUCGCUGGUAACAGCAUUUGACUUAAGUGUGGCCAUGUUGUGAAUUUGUACUUGCUGACCCUGACUCUGUUCUUGCCCUCAGAAAAUGUCCACAGGUCUAUGGCUGUAAAUCUAAACAUUCAAUCUUGUGAUCACUCUGCUAUGUGGAAAUAUGGCUAUAAGCACUUCCUGUAGAGCUCUUUGCCUUGGCUGGAACAUUUUUUUCCUCCUUCUUCUCAAAUGUUUUUAGGUCAACGUUUUGCCAAGUGACUUUUCAUAUUACUUGUUUUCCCCUAAGUGGAGGUCACUGGUCUCGCGGUGUCUGCAUACUCUUGCUUUGUAUGUCUCUCACUUGCUUUCUUAUUUCUUGACAUGAAGAAACCAAAAUGCUUUCACACAUCAGUGGUUUAAGAAAUCGUGGGUGCCUUUAAUCAUGCUCAUCCCCCGCCCGCUAAUGGAGGUGCCAUUUUUGCUGUCCUACAUCUGAAGCAGAGAGCAGAGUGUAAAAGACAAUGGGCACACAGUAGGGCUAAAACAAAACUACACUUCCUGUCCAGAAAACACAUCACUUCACAUGACCACAGGACCAAGACAGAAUUCAGAUGCUUUUGUUCUUGACACUGUUACUAUUAACCAGAGAAAGAAAAAAAAUGAGUUCCCAAGCACUUCCUGGUAUAAAGAGUUUCUAUUAUGCUAAAAUAAUAGCCAUUGUGGAAGUUGAAGUCCAAGGGCCUAACCAAGACUUAUAUGCUGCCUUGGUUGUAGUUCAAUAGGAAGUAACACCAGGAUCACAUAGUUUCCCUGUAAAAUAAAAUGAUAAAUAAAUAAAUAAAUUCACUCAGAAACAAAAUUCUGUUGAAUCCUUGAACUCGUCUGAGAAAAUCUCAGUCCAAGUGUUGGAAACUUUUGCUCAGCUCGCUGCAGAAAGAUCUGACCUUUUAAAAGCAGACCAGGAAAUGAUGAAACUUGUUCUUUAGGGUCUGUUUUGUUUGUACUCUUCGUGACUUCAGCACGCAGCCACCAGAAUGCACAUCGCUGAGACGUGUUGAAACCACAUGGAUUUGAGUCCAGUUCGGGUCCCACAGACUCUCAUGCCUCUGGCACUUAAGAGGCCCAUUAGGGAGAAAUAAAAGCAGCCAUCGUCUUAUAGCACAGAAGCUCCCAGCCAAAAGCAACACAUCAGGACGGUUUGUAAAGAGAGCUCAGAUCCUGGAAUGGAUAGAAGUGUGGUGAUGCAAGGCAGCGAUAAAUAGCACACAUGUAGAGACCCAGCAGUCUGUCAUCUACUGGGUCAGAGACUCUAAGGAAGCCAUGGAUACUGAACUGUUUGUGUUGCUCCCCGAAAUGUUUCCGAUCCCUCCGUUCGAAACCGCCACAGCGACGUCAUAUUCCUGAUCGUGAAGCCUGUCUGAACAGAGAGAACAUUCAUCCAGACUGACGUUGUUUCUCAUGAGCAGCGGUUUGAAGUGAUUAUUCAGUAUAAUGGCCAGAGCGGCUCCUUUAAUGAAUAAUUUGGGCUGCGCCUGAGUUCUUCCAGAUGGCUCAAAUGAAAUGCCACCCUCAGCAUUUCACCAGUUGGGUAAAGAAGUCAUUCCACCAGAAACCAGGAUGAUGGGUAUUAUUCAGAACUGCUGCUGCUGGUCAUGAGUGAGAGGAUUACAUCAGUCACUAGUUUUUUCCUCUGACUCUUCUCAUCUCUUUGUUUUAAUGCAGGUAGCAGCAAGACGUUCCCCAAGGGACUGCGAUCCAUAACAUCCCAGUCCCCUCCAGAGGCAGCAUGGAGCCCCAGGCCUCCCAGGGGCAGCUCGGAGCAGAGGGGGAUUGUGGGAUGUUGAAUCUGCUGCUGCCCAGUCCCCAGAGCGAGGCGGUGACCCAUGAAAUGGAGGAGCUGUCGCUGCAGCCCACUCUGCCUCCACUCAAUGAACGCAAAAACGGUGAGGACAUGCGGCUGUGUAAAUAUGUAAAGAUAUGCAGAGACAGAGGGUCGCCAAAAUGAGGAGAUGUUUGUUUUUCUGCAACAGGGCCGAAGACCUCCCAAAUGACAUUUCAUCACACAGAUUUGAGCUAUCUCAUAUGUUUACUGAUCUGCAACUGUCUGGUGAAGUACUGCUACAUCCCUGAUCUCUCCUCUCAUGAUAUCAUGUUACACUUCGGCUCCCGUUACUGUUAAUUGACUGACACAUCCCAAGUACAAGUGAGUCAGAACAGUCAAAAUGAGUCAGAGUCCCUGACCUGGAGUUGUUGCAGAAUGUUUGUCUAAAGCUGGCAUUGUCAUCCUAGUGAGUUUACUAGAGGUUGAGUUGAUGUCUGAUUAGAGUCGAGUGAUUCAUCUUAAUUGUUUAGUGUAUACUUUCAGUGCUGCACCUUUGGAUUAUUGCACCUGUACACUUGUGUAAAAAAAGAAACUCAUAACCUAAUACUAGCACACUGUUAGCAUGAAUUAGCCUGCUUUACAAUCAUAGACUGUAUAUACUAUAGACAACUUGGCUCCGCCUUCCGCUAUUGCACAAAUUUGAAGCCGAAUUGCUCCUGGUAUUUCUGAGAUUUUCUCCACUUCCUGAAAGCAACAUUGCGCAGUAGUCAGAGUCGCUUUGAUGACGCUCGGCUCAAACAGCGUAAGCUAUGCAAUCUUUGUAUGCCCAUAGGCUGUAUCAAGUGUCAAUCAUGGAAAACAUGAACCCCCUAAUAACUUUUAAGAAAAGUUGAACAGAAAAGCUGCAUAGAAAAAAGAGGACUUGAUCACAAACCAGUCUUACAGUAACUACAUGUCAACAUCGCAACCAGGGGGGAGAAAAAUUUAUAUUCUGUGUAAUUAAUUUCUAAAGUUUGUCCUCAGCUCCAUAGGGAUUGCUGGAGAAGGUGGGAUUUAUGACCUAUACUGCAGCCCGUCACCAGAGGGUGCUGUUCUUACGGUGGCUUUACCCAGCAAGGAGGCAGACGACAUCCAUUCUAUAUACAGUCUAUGCUUACAAUUCUGGGUAUAAGACCAGCUUUUAUUGAUGUUCUUUGUCAUCUAAGAAGUGGACUGAUUCUUGUGUAUCGGUACAAUCGGCAUCUCACUUUAUACUCAUGAGAAAAUGGAGUAAAAGAUAGACCAAAGAUUGCAGAAAAGGAAGUGUAAUACUGAUGAUACACAUUGCGUCCCUGUUAAGUUUUAUAACCUCGGAAAGCUCACACACUCAGGCACGUACAUCCUGAAUCGGCUGAGAGGUUUUAAAGCGAGUCCUUUCGCCCUAACACUUCAAUCAGUUCCUGCGCUGUGCAGUCAAAUUGUAUAUAAUUUUCGCUCUUCCAGCCAGCCUGCAUGUUAGCCUCUCUUACCCUCACAGUGUCGUUGUUGAUUUGGCUGCCACAUGUGACUGACUCAGACACUGAUGGAUGGCUACACGAUUAUCAGGCUUUAGGAGUGGGUUAGAUUUACGGCUGCCUCUGCCAGUUCCUAAUCAUGGCUUAGAUGGUGAGGCGAGAUCAGUCCAGUGCAAUCACUGCAAUAUUGAUCACCAUGCUUUGAGAAAUCUAAUUUGUCAGAUACAGUCAACAAACACAGGGUGUUCAGCCAGACUGGAUUAGAUAUGUUUUGGAUAACUGUGGGAUUUAGUGCCGUCAUGCUCUGCGGCUGCUGCCUCUGUCUACAGGCGAGAGUGCUGCAGUAAAAUCUCUCGGCUGUGGAACAUUUCAUGGAAUGUCAACAGUAGUAACACCCGCUCAUCAUGUCGGCUUUUGUCAUUUCCCCUUCAGUGAGAACACACACCUCAUACUUUCCACCCUCCAAAGCCUUCCCCCAGCACUUUGCCAGCCGCAGAAUCUUCCUCCCUAAUAUUGAUUUUAACACACAGGUGUUGAUCCGUCUGCUUUCAUGACAGGUUUAAGACUACUUUUGUUAUGUGAGCCGGGAGGCUGUAGUCUGGAGGGUGUAAGUCAGGAUCUAGGGCAGUGAGUUUUUUGUGACAGGGAUCGAGACUCUGGCCAGUAAGACGUAAAGUCUGAAAUUAGUAACAGAGGUGUGAUUCUGUCUUAUUUAUUCCUGGUUUGUCCGAGCUGUAGAGGUAGCCUACAUGAAUUAUGGAUAUCAGAAAAUAUGAUCUUAAAGGACCAAGGUCAAAACUGUCGAGCAAAAGACUAGGGGUGGGAAUCAGUAGUGGCCCUGCAAUAUGAUAUUAUCACGCAACACAGCGAGUGUUGUGAUAUCAUAUAUUGUAGGGCUGGGACGAUAUGCUUCUGUCCCGAUUCGAUUCUUCUAUGAUUUUUUGGAUGCCAAUUCAAUUUAAAUUGCGAUUCUACAAUAUUGUCGAUUUUCUCGAUACUCAGUCUGCAUUUUUAACGCCAGUGAAACAGUUGAAUGAUUGUGAUUGUCUACUGACUAUUCCAUAUUUCCCCAAAACACACACAUCACAUGUAAGUCAGUUUUUAAGAUUUUUUCUUAAAUUAUAAAAAAAAAAAACUAUUUUUGAGCAUAAAAACUAAUUUUAAAAUAGUAAAACAAAAAAUCGCAAUACUUAUGUGAAUCAGUUUUUUCUCCCACCCCUAAUAAACUACGAUUUAUACAUUUUUUUUUUAAUUAGCUGAUUUAGCAUUUGUCUUUCCCUUAUUUUUUCUUAUUUACGCAGUAUUUUAUUUUCACUGAGCACUUGUUGCAGCUAAUCGUACAGCUAACAAAGAAUGAUUAGCCAUAGCUUUCCACAUCUCUUCACAGACAGCGGUAUCAUAGACUUGGUUUUCCGCUUAGGUCCCCAAAUCAACAUUUUCAAAUUUCAAAAUAUUUGCGCUAUUUAGACUUGAAGAAAUUCCUGUGUCUUUGUACAAUACCAAUCACAUAUCUAACUAGUUGAGCGAUUUCAUCUUUUCUUUAAAGUAAACAAAUGAUGGGGGAAAUGGGGAAUCCUUUAUGUAAUUGACUGUUGGCUGCUGUGUCUGUAUAGCCAGAUUUUAGCACAAAAUAAGGCCUCUGAGUGAUAACUGGCUUCUUUUAAUGUCAGAGUAAUUAACUAAAGUGAGUCCUCAACUUUUUCAAAGUGGUUUAGAAUUUAAAAAUCUUAAAUCGUGGGCCAGGAUUUAGCUGUUUUAGGUUUUAUAUCAAACUGUUGAUAGAAACUCAGUUUUUUUCCUAGAAAAGACACAUUUCCUUCAUCAUCUUGCUGACUGUGUUAAAGUGCAUGUCAGUCUGCGAAUGUGUUUAUGAACAGCUCAGUCAUGUCAUCCACCUCUUUGCUCAGUCUGCUCAGGUCACAGGUCAGCAUGUGUCCACAUGUGUUUAUCAGGCCACACAGCAUUUCCCGGAGGAAUUCGUGAAAACGCCACUGACUGGAAGUCUUCAAAUAUCACCUUAAACAAACGAACCCUUUCUAAAUGUCCUCCUUUGUCAGCUCACAUGGGCACAUAUUGUUUCUACAGGGAUUUAUAGAUGCUUUCAAGUGUUGAAGGAAGAGCCUGGAGUGAUUUUCCAUAUGGGACUGUUGUGUAUAAUUUACAGCUCUGGUUGGUUGUCACCUAUAGCCCACAGAAAAUGAAUCGACUUUUACGACAUGGUGAUGUAAUCAGCCGAAGCUUUGCAUGUCAAGACAAGAGUGGAUUGAUACUAAAGACAGAAAGUGAAGUUGGUGAGGCCAGCUGUUUCCUGAGCUCUUAUUUCUCUGUACACUCUGACCCAUCCUUUCCUGUGAAUAGAGAAGUGUUUUUGCUCACGGUCUGUGUUUAAUUCAUGCAAAUCUCCCCUUCUUCCUGGUUAAUGUUACACUUGUGUUGUUGCCAGAAGCUCGUCUUCUCAGCUCAAAGAUUUCAGAUGUUUUGUCCUUGGUCUUAAGUCAGUGCUGACUCAGAAUCAGCAGCCUGAUGGAAACAGCAAAGUCCUCCACACAUCUGGCUGCGUGAAGAUCGCCUCCAGGCAGAAAGUAAUCCAUCCCGAACUGGCUGAGUAAGAGAGAGAGAGAAGUGAGAGCAGAAAGAAGGAGGAGGAGGAGGUUGUUUUGGCUCCGUAACUAAAAUAUAAGAGUGAAGGAGAGGUGGAGUAAUAAAGGACAGAGCAAGUUUAACUUCAUGUUUCACAGAAAGAUUUCCACUCUGGGGAUUCUUAGAAAUAACUGAACUUUGAUUCUGUUGAACUGGAAGGAUAUGACCGAUAUUUUGGGUCUAAUACAAAUGUUUACACCUCGGGAUUAAAUGGCUUAAUCGGUCAGCUGUAGUUUGGACUGCUCUGUCAGCCUCACACAAUGGCCUGUGUGGAGGUGAAGACACUGAGCGAGUGCUGUGCUGAGGUCAGAGCAGGUGAGCAUUCCUCUUCUCAGUUGUUAUUGUUAAAGUAGGCAGGUAGCUCUUUACAGCCUGUUAAAGUUUGAUGAAAGCUAUGGCAAUAAAAAUCUUGAGAUAGGUCUGACUUCUGAAUUUUAUGAACCUUGAGACAUCGAAAGGUUCAAUGUUUGAGGUUACAGAAUGAUGCAGAAAAGUGUGAAAAAAUCUCAGAAUGCAGAAUCAGAAACAGGAGGGCACUCUAAAUUUAAAGGUAUCCAUCUGACCUGAAAAUAUUACCUGUUUACUGACAGUUAGCUACAUGUAGCUGAAGACAGGGCAAAACAUGUUUAUUUGUGUCACACAUUUCAGCCACAAGGGAUUAAAAGUGCUUCACGCAAGACUUCAAACAUCACAAAAGAGGACAUUUUUAAAAAAAGCAUUAAAACAGAGUAUUUAGAUGAAUUAAAUCUGAAGCAAAUUUAAAAAACUUCAAUUUAAAGCCAGCUCCUGUUUACUGGGAGGGCAUGGCUGUACACUCUGACAGAUGAAAGCCUGUCUUAAAGGUACAGUGAACACACUUGUAGAAACUCAAUGUAAUAAUCACAUGUUGAAAUUAAUUUAACAUCUGCUUUUUUAUGUUUAUCAAGCGGCUGCACAAAUUGUACUGAAUGGAAGACGUAGAUAAAGAGAGCGAUUGUACAGUGGUAGAAGUUUUUGAUGAUAAAAUACUUGACAAAACUUGACUUAUCUUCUUGUCCUUGAAGGCCACCGUCGCUUCACCAACAGGAGGCGUGAGCAGGGGGAGUGUUUCAAUCUAGAAUCUCAAUACUAGAUUUUCCUAAAUAUUCCCAUCGGUGCACACCUAACCUUUACUUAAAAGCAUGUAUUCAUUAUUGUUUACCCACCUGUGUGAUGAAUGAAAUACCUACAUUUUUUAAAGGUGACAGCAUGAACACUUGGACCUGCUCAGGUUUUAUUUUGUCCUUUUUUUUCCCCUGAAAAGCCUUUUUAAAAUCAACUCAUGUUAACUAUGUGUUCGAGCAGCCUGAGGAAUGUGAAAUCCUUACAAGCGAUUUGAAGGAAAUCAAGGAGAAAGAUUAUUCCUAUUAGAAAAAGAAUAAACUGUUAUCAGGUAGCUCUCAGGUGUAAGGCCUCCAUGCAUUCUCUCAGGAGCAGCAUUUUGAGUUUGACUACAUUUUGUUCACCUCAGUGCGAAACCAAGUCUGAUAAAAAUGUGGACGAGUGGUAGGAUAACUAGAGUGUUGAAUUCCUCUUGAAGCGUGACAUGUUUUGUCAACCUAUAGUGCAGGAUAUGAUAACAAUCAGACAAUAGUGAGAGGUUUGUGUUUGCUUGUGUGUUCAGUUUAAUCUCAUUUUGUUCCUUUUUCCCUUUUAUUUGUUGUACUCAGACGCACUUCCUCAGCCUAAUACAAACAAACGAUCUCUCUGUUUUAACAUUUUUCCCCUUUUAUUUUCAGUCCUGCAGUUGAGGCUUCAACAAAGAAGAACUCGGGAGCAGCUGGUGGACCAGGGCAUCAUGCCACGUGAGUAUCUGCACAGCCAGGUGUCUGGAAUUACAAUGCAGCAGCAUGUGUAGAAUGAUGUCAACAUAAAGCAAAUCUGAUAACUAAGCUAUCAAACACGAUUCUAAUUUAGGUUAUUUGUCCGUAAAUAAAAAUGUUCUCUGUCGCAGCUCUGAAGAGCCCAGCUGCUUUCCACGGGCAGAUUCGCAGCUUGGAGAGAGCCAGGGUAAUGCAAGGAGUUUCAAACAGAAGUGUCAAAUGUUGGGCUUGAGUAAAAGAAGCAUGAUGUACUGACUGUUUAAUGUCCGUCUUUGCCUCUAGACGGAGAAUUUCCUCAAGCACAAGAUCCGCAGUCGCCCAGAGAGAGCAGAGCUGGUCAGGAUGCACAUCCUACAAGGUUACAACCGUCUCUGGAUCUCACACUGUGUAUUUUAUGUGUCAUCUGGUGUCUCUGUGUAGCACUUUGAGUGAGAUAGCAGUUCUAAGAUUUAGAGCCUUUAUCAUUCAGACACACUGCCAUAAACUGAGAUCUCAAAUCUAGAGGAAGAGCUUUGACCACCAGGCGUUUUCAUAAAUGAUUUAUGUUCUUGUUUAUUUACUCCAUUUAUUUUCUAGUUUAUGUAAAUAUAAUGUUAAUAUGUUGGAGAGAUUGACUGUUAAUUGAGUAGCGGAGAAGGGGAAGGUUUAAAUAAGCAUAAUGCUUCAUCCUACUUCUUUUUGGUCAUGUUGGAUUCAUAGUAUUAUUAUAAGUAUUUUUUUUUGCUUUGAUUAUAGUUAUAGUAGUUUUGAAUAUUCUCAUUGGUUUUGUUUGUUUGUUUCCAGUUUACUUUCUUGUGUUCCACGCCCAUGUUCGGAAAAAAACCCCAAAAAAUAGAGGCCAGCAUUACACAGCAUUAAAAUCAGUGUGAAUGUUUGUCCCUCAGAGACUGGAGCAGAGCCUUCACUUCAGGCCACCCAGAUGAAACUCAAGCGAGCCCGGCUGGCUGACAACCUGAACGAGAAGAUCGCUCAAAGGCCCGGCCCCAUGGAGCUGGUGGAGAAAAAUAUCCUGCCUGUGGACUCCAGCGUGAAACAGGCUAUCAUUGGUGAGAAAGAGCCAUGGCACUUUGACAAAUGUCUUUGGAUCAUUCCUGUCCUCAUGGAAAAUGUCUGAUUGGUUAAACUAAGCUGGAGAGAGAGGCUGUGAUUAAAAAAUCUGGUAAUGGCAGAAGAAGAGUGCUAAAGCAUUGAUUUUUUUCUCUCAGUGGGCCAGGUGAAUUAUCCCAAAGUGCUGGAUGAGGACAGCAGUGAAGCCUUGUCCCCAGAGCAGCCAGCCAGCCAGGAGUCCCAGAGCUCUGUCCCCUCACCCGCUGAAAGCAAAGUGCCAGAGACGCCUUCUCCAGUCCUGGCACCACCCCCUCCACCACUACCAAACACCAUGCUGCAGGUCAGACUCAAAACUGGCACCACUUUGACGUUGCGAAAGUACAGUGUGUGCAUUACAGGCAUAACUAUCAUUUCUGUAUUUCUCUUCAGGCAUUCCCAGUUGCUACACAAGCACCAACUGACUUUAUGAAAGUGAUCUCCACCAACGAGCUGCCUACAAGCCGCCCAGCUGUCACACUUGCACAUCCCGUCACCACAGUUGCUCCCUCAAAACCAGGCCCAACGCUGGUGAAAGUAGGAUCAUUUCUCCCUCCCUCUCACAGUGUAUCACGCUUCUUAGUCACAUCUGCUGGACAGAGCUGGAUAUCUCCUCUCUUUUCUCCUCUAACAGCAAAGCCAGCAGAAGACGCCCUCUGAGAAGAGCCGCAGUAAGAAGAACAAGGAGCCCAAACCCAGGGUGAAGAAGCUCAAGUACCACCAGUAUGUUCCUCCCGACCAGAAGCAAGAGGCCAGUGAGGCACCCAUGGAUUCUUCCUACGCCCGACUACUGCAGCAGCAGCAGCUGUUCCUCCAGCUGCAGAUCCUCAGCCAGCAGCAGCAGCACUACAACUACCAGACUAUACUACCUGCACCGCUCAAGUACGUGUGGAAACAACCCCUCCUUCAUAAGUGUUCAUGUGAAAAUAACUGAACACAAGCCAAAUGCUGUUUUCAAGCACUCGAUUGUUUCCAAUAACAACCAUGUGUUCAAUCAUGUGAAUAAGUAACAGGAUGUCGGUGCAGCAGCUGUUGUUUUCAGAAACGUCCUCUGAACUCUGCUCAUGCUCUCCCGCUGAGCUGACUGGGUUUGUUAUUCAGGCACAGGAUGGAUGCUCUGUUCACAUUCAAAACAUAUUUCCUCUUUCUUUCCCGUCUUUGUCUCUUUCUCUCUCUCUCUCUCUUCACCACAAUAUCUUCUUUGUCUGCCCUCUGUCGCUCUCCCACCUCUUCUUCCUCUCUUUCUGUUUCUUAUUUAUCUGUCGUGUAAAUGAUUUCCUGACAAUGGUGACCUCACCGUAUUGUUCCGUCCUCUCUGCAGACCUGUGGCAGAGGGGCAGAGCAGCAGCACCAGCACCCUACCUACUUCCAUCAUGGUGUCUCUGCCCACCGCUCAACCGGCUCCACUCGUGGCUCCCACUCGCCCAAACAACUCGCUGUCCAACCGCAAGCCAGGAGUCCUGCCCGCCAACCUGGAGGAGAUGAAGGUAGUUUGGAAACCUAAGAGAAGUGGCAAACACUCAGCUUGGAACAGCGUACCGAGGCAUCUUAGAAAUCAAGGAUUAUUUAUGUUUAAUCUAAAGGGGGAUUUAAAUCAGCUGUGCAAACUGAAAUAAAUCCAAAUACUUCAAAAGGAGAACUUUUUCAUGGCAGUCUGGCAGGUCAUCCUCAUACUGGAGAGUGGUUUUGUCUUGAUGUCAGAAAAGUUUUAUCAGCUUUUAGGCACCAGUUCAUGUUUUUGCUGGUGGGUGCACACACUGAUGACACACACCACACACAGGAGGUUAUAAUCACUUCCACCUGAACAGUGUCACGGCUCACACGAACACAAAAUCUUAGACCACAAUCAGAAUCCAACAAUCCUGGAAGAUUUGCAAGCCAGGAAAGAUUUUGUCGUCUUGAACGUGAACAUGAAUUUAGGACUCAAAUUCAAUGAGACAUAGGACCGUUUUCACAUUUUUGCUCUUUUUUUUUCCAUUUGACAAAAUACAACAAAUGAAAAACAAAAUUAAUUAAUGAACAAACUGAACUUGAGUGUAGGUCUGGGCGAUAAAACGAAAUUCAAGACAAUAACCAACGUCAUUUUUCCUAUGUCAAUAUAUUCGGUGUCAAAAAAAUAAAUAAAAGUUGGAUUUGGAUGUGUCUAGGUAGGCUAUGGUCUUAUGUCCCUUUAAGACGCUGUCCUAUGUCGGAGACGUGACUCCACCCCAGCUAGUUUGUAACAAAGAAGUAAAGACAGGUGAGGAGAUAGAGGACGGUUCAAAAGUUGUAGCAUCUGGAGUGGUGGCUGAAGUAGACAAAGUUAAUGUGGGAGGGGGUGAGCAGCUUGUGAAGUAGUUAUCGUCCAUUUAUGGUUAUAGAGGUGAACUGCUCAAUAUAUUGUGAUAUUGAUUUGAGGCCAUAUCGCCCAGCCCUACUUGAGUGAAUAUUUGAUCAAAUAAAUGUACAUGGUAAUAUAUUUGUUUAAGUAAAAUGUUAAAAGAAAGUUAUGUAUGAAUCCUUUAUUUCAUGCAUUUUAAAAAUAUAUAGUUAUCUUUGCCAGUAACAUUUUCAAAAUGAUUUCUUUAAAUGAAUCAGAGUAAAGCCAGUUAGCCAGCCGAUUAAUCAGUGUACCUCUACUCCCAAGUACCGGACUAAACUAACAAAGAACAAGUCAGAUGUUUUGUCAAUCAGUGAUUUUUGUGUGCUGGUCUUUGUGGGGGCUGCUCCUCCUGUGUGUGCUGGGACCUCAAGGCACAAACAACAUUGAUGCCUCUGAUGCUAGCAUUUAAAAUUUUAGCAUUUAUAAACUCCUCAUCUCUUUAAAAAAAGACAGAAUUUUUAAAACUAUUAAAAGUCCAAAUAAUUAUGAUGAAUAAUGAAACUAAAAGAAUUUAAUAACAAGUGAAUGCAGUUUUAAGGGUUUCAUUUAGCCCAGUGGUUGAAGUGUUCGUCUCAUGAUUAGAGGCUUUAAUUCUCACAGCAGACUGGGGUUCAUGUGUUAGCUUUUGUUACUAGUCAUCCUCAAAUCUCUCUCUUUCACCCGACCCAGUGUCAUAUCUUUUAUUUAAAAGGCCAAAAUGUAUUCCUGCAGUAAUAUUUUUCAGUAAAAUUUAUUUUUCAGCUGCACUUCUCCUCUAGCAGAAGUCUGAAUUUAAUGAAGUGAUUAUUUUUGUUUGUUCAGGUGGCUGAGCUGAAACUGCAGCUGAAGCUGCGUGGCCUCCCUGUGUCAGGAACUAAAACAGAUCUGAUAGAAAGACUGAAGCCUUUCCAGGACAACCCCAGCUCCUCUGCUCUCACCACCAUCACCGCCCCUGUCACUACCACCCUCUCCUCUGUCCCCAUGGAGGUCACAACCACCAACACCACCCCUGCCAUAGUUCUUCCAGUCCACCAGAUGGCUUCAGAGAACAUUAAAACCUCACCCCCAGUCUCACCCAUCCCCUUUGAUCCCUCCACCCUGCAGCAGGAUGUUGGCAUGUCUGAGGCCCCCGCUGAGACACCGGUGAGCGCGGGCUGGGCAGAUCUCAGCACCUCACCUCUCCCAUCAUCCCGAGUCCCUGAGGAGAAGGACCGCAGGCUCCAUGAGAAGGAGCGGCAGAUAGAGGAGCUGAUGAGGAAGCUGGAGCAUGAGCAGAGGCUUGUUGAAGAGCUGAAGAUGCAGCUGAAAGUGGAGAAGAGGGCUGGCACCACAGACUCUGCCUCUGUGUCUCCUCAACUGGCCUCUGUACCCACCAUGAACCCUGUUCCUACAGUCCUGAGCUCAAAUGUGGUCAAAAUGGAAGGUACAGUCCUGUCGAACUGCUCCUCCACCGCAGCUACAAUCCCCAACUCCAUCCUUGGCUCCCAGGCUCUCUCCCCCCUGCCGACAGUGGUCAAGCUGGAGGAUGUGACUGUUUCCUCUGGCAAGCCAAUCCAGCUCCAGCCCCAAACCCAGCUCAUCGCCCAGAUCCAGCCCUCGGCUCAGCCCCAAGUCACCACCAGCCCACAUGUACUUCCCCAAUCGCAGAGAAGUCCCAAACCCCAGUCCAAACCUGCAGCCCCCAGCCUGCAGCAGUUCUUCAUCAGCCACUCUGGAGGGGUCUCCCAAGUCCUCGGUCAGCCUCAGACUCUGCUGACCACCACAGGCCAGGCUGGAACUCAGAUCCUCCUGCCAGUGUCACUACCAAACAAUGCUACAGCGAUCCAGCUGCCAAACAACACCGUCAGCCUGCAGGUGAGACCGCAGUGGAGUCACUAAAACUGUAGUGAGAAAGAUAAAAGACAGACUCUGUUAUAGAUGUGAAGAGUCAAAGUUAGUUCACUGUGCUGACUCCUUGUGCUCUUUUCUUUCCUCUCAGCCUGUUCUUCAGGCCACAGUCUCAAAUCCAGGUCUGGUUCAGGCCUCAGUUCCUCAGCUGCAAACCACUAAGAUGGACACAACACCUAACCAGCACAUAACCAACCACAACACUCUUUUGCAGGUGAGUUAUGCCAAGCUACAAGUUUCUUUGUGAGGAAAAUAGCUAGCUAAUUUGUUAUGAGGACUUUGUCCAUAAUUGUGGAAAUUAGGGGUGUCCCUAUAUGAUAUUGAUAUCAGAUAUUGGUCCGAUAUCAGCAAAAAAAGGAAUAUCGGAUUAUAUCGUCCUGCAUCUAAAAUCUCUGAUAUCAGCACUCUGAUACAAGCAGUUCAUUCCAGACUCUGUUUCAGCACUUCUAUUUGGCAGCGCCCUGAUACAGCAAGCUGAGCCCACAAAAUCCAAACAAAACUCGGUACAUUUACAUGACACUCGAGAAAACCAAAUUAUUGCCUUACUACGAUUAAGACCAGACAACUGAAGUUCAUGUAAACACCUAAGUCGGACUAUAAUCGGAGUUUGAGAACGCCGAUUGGAGUCGGAGAACUCUGAUUAAGACACCCAGAUAAUGCGAUUGGAAUUCGAUUUUCUCUAGUCUCUCUAGUCAGAGUAUGAUCAGCUGCAGCAGUUGUAGCCACUUCUGACGUCUGGCUCGCUGUUGUUGUUGACAGUUGUAUUGGGUCGGAAACAGCGCCGCUGAAAAGACGCAUAUUUUCCCCCCUAGUUUUGGGGAGGAGGACACCUUCACGUCAAUAAUUUGAUUUUCUCAGCUGCAUGUAUACGCAGACAAGGAGAGAGUUCGAUUUUGCAAAAAAAUGAUUGUGAGCUUAAUCCGGUUAAACUUUACAUGUAAACGUACUGGCUGUGUACUAAGGUACUAACAACGUAGCAAGGAGUAAGACUGAUGUUGGCUUUGUGGCAGUAUUUUUUGUUUAAGUCCGAAAAAGAUUUGCAGCUGAGUGAAAAACUUGUCAUGCACAAUGUUGUGCCAAUAUUGGAUCAAUAUCGGUUAUUGGUCAAUAAUGAAGGCUACAGUAUCGGUUUCGUAUCGGAAGUCAAAAAGUUAUUUUAGGACACGCCUAAUGGAAUUGUCCUUAUUUUUGGACCCUUUUAUAACAAAGCAUCACAAACAUAUGUAUCAGGUUUUGUCUGGUUAUGGAACAGACUGAUAUCAACAGUGAAUACUCUUUAUGAUGUGGUUUAUUGGUGCUUUUACAUGAUACUGCACCGUACAUGAUAAACUGAUAUUCUUGGUCCUGUUCCCUGUUAGACUCUCACUGUGUGCAAUAACACAUCUGGUUUGGAGAACCAGACGAGGCCUGAAGUGAACCCCCAGUGUUUCCUGAGACGUUCCCCAGAGAAUAGGGUCUCUCCUCGAGCCUCACCAAACCACCACAUCUCCAACGGACCCUUCAAUAAGGUAUGGGAGGAGAACAGGGCUUCAGUCCAACUUUCUGAGAAUAGUAAACAAUGAUUCAAACUUAAGUUGUGCUUCAGGUGGAGGAUUCUCACUCCUUCCUGUCUCUCUCUCUCUCUCUCCAUUUCUCCAGCCAUCCUCUCCCCAGCCUACCUUCAUCCUCCAGCCAACCUCCCUGGUUACUCAGCCUCCCAAAACUAAAGAGCCUCCGCGCUACGAGGAGGCCGUUAAACAGAGCCGCAACAUGCACGUCAACAACGUUUCACAGGUUCGAUCAGCUCACAGCACAUUUCUCCAGCAGCUCUCUGCUGUGUUGUCCUUCAGAAAAGAAAAGGAUGAAAACGUCUAUUUUUUUAUUUUUUUUUAGCCUUGAGGAUUUGUUUUUGCUUUUGGUGAGCUAGUCUAAAGUCUCUUAACCUCUUUCACUGUCGUUUCAGGUUCCCACAGCAACCAGCCAGCAAAUGGACGAUUUGUUUGACAUUCUCAUAGAGAGUGGAGGUAAGGACAGUGUAAACCCAAAUCAUGGUAUUCUCAGAGAAAGCAGCAGAGUCUUCUGUGCAGCGGUGGUUUUUAUUUAGAUAAAGGCUGUAUCAGUCUUUAAGAUUUCAGCUCUUUAAUGUAAAAAAAGCCUAGUGGACACUCAAAGUGCCCAUGAAAAGGUUUGGUAGGACCUCCACAGCUCUCUGGGUUUCAUUAAAGGGAUAUUCCGGCGUAAAAUUACAUUUUGAUCAUGAGAUGAUAAGAUCGUAAAUGUUCUUCCUUGAGCUGCGUCACCCCGCAGCAGUCCGUAAUGGACUGGCCUGAGGUCUCGCUACAAACAAGCGGCUGCUGGAAGAGAGUAGGUGGUUGUGUUUAGUCUCGUUGCUGAAGAAAUUAGGCAAAAUUAAAAAGAUGUUUGAUGGGCUGGGACCCUACAUGUACUGUUGAUGAAGUUAGGUGCUGUUCUGAGCAUUAUUUGUGACUAUAGAGUGGCGUUUUGUUUGAGGUUUGUUUAUGGCUCCUCAGACUGCUCUGUAUUGCUAUCCUGCAGUCGUUACUAAAGUUUGUGUAACUAGAGAAACAAGCGGUAACAUUCAUCUCCCGAGGGGAUGUCAAACUCGGUGUUAUGGUGUGUUUGACCCAAAAUUAAUUUUACGCCGGAAUAUCCCUUUAAGUCUCCGUCUACACCAGUACCUAAUUGCGCCACAUCUGUAUCCCCCAUCUUCUCUUGCAGAAAUCACUCCAUUCAUCCAGAAUGACCCCUCCGUCUCCCUCACUAAGACCCAUCCAGUCACAGCCAGCAUCACCACCCUACCCAUCAGCACCGCCAUCUCUAGACCCCCUCCACAGAUCCAGGUGGCCCCUCCCCCCACCCUGAGCCCCGCAAUGGGUCAGAACAUGCCCAGCCUCUCCUCACUUGCCACAGAUAACCAGCUGGAGGCCUUUCUGGAGGGCACCCUGGCCAAUACCCCAGCAGCGUCAGACCCCCGCACACAGGGCCUCAUGCUGGAGCUGCAGGCCCAGCUGAUGGAACAACAGCCCUACUCCCCCAUGGACACAUCCGACCUGUCCUUCUGUGAUUCCUCCUCACCCCCCUCCUCCCUCAACAUGGGCCUGUCCGACCCCGGCUUGGAUAAUAUGGAGUGGCUGGACCUCACCAUGCCGCCGGAUCCUGGGGGGGCACUCACACCACUGGGGAUACCUACGGACUUCCUGGAUACUCAAGACCUGCAGCUGCACUGGGACUGACGGGGGGGACCGGUGAGAGGAUGAUGAAGAUAAACAAGCAGCUUAGCCAGGAAGGAUGGAUAGAUGGAUGGAUGAGGAGAGACAGAGAGGUUCAACAUUUAAAGAAAGAUGGAGAGAGCAGGGCAUUUUAGUGCCGCCUCAGCGUCACCAGUCCAUCCAUACCAUCUGUAAUAUUCCCACUUUCCUACAGGAAGGAGCGCUGUACAGGCAGUGCACUGAAGUCCAACCAGAAGCAGGAGUUUGCACAGCUUUAAAAGACCCCCUGAUUUCACAAGAGCGGUGAUAAAGGGAUUUUAAAACGACUUUAACGAUCAUCCACAGGUUGAAGAAGACAGAGCCAAAUCAUACUGGUAGCAUGGACUGUUUGUAAAUACUCCUCACACUCGCACACACACACACACACACUAAUGUAUCUGAACUUUGUCUCGAACACACAGACUGAACAGGAUCAAUACUGCUCGGCUUUCUCUGCUGGAAGUUUGGCUUUCAGCGUGAACAGAGCGGCGCCUCUUCUACUGUGUGUGAAAGAAGACCUCCAGAGCCCGUCUGACAUGACGCCCUCUGCUCUGCUGAAGCACACUGCGCCACGUUCGCUCAGCAGAGCCAACUGUUACAGCGCAGCGACAGAGGACAGAUGAUACCAAGUUAGAGGAGAUUAGAUCCUCUCUGCGAUGAAUUUGAGAGCGCGCUUCAUGAUAUCACUACAGGCCCAGACGUGACCACAAGGAGGUCGUAGACUAAUAAGUCGGUGUGUCUGUUCCUGUCUUGGUGCUGGACAAAUCAAGUCAAAUCCGUUUGCUCCCUUUAAGACUCAAAGCCAGACGUGUUCAGCCAAGUUCAAAAGGGAUUCCCAGCUGAGAGGAGGUGGAGCCUCUCUUCGCACCAGUCCAGAAUGAACUGUAGGUAAUGUGUUCGUUGACUAAUCUGAUGCGUCUCAUCAGAUGUGACUGUUUUUUUCUUCACGACCCCGGCUGGUCAAGCUGAUGAACCAAUGACUGUAAAGAGAAGACAAAAAAAAAAAAAAAAAAGAGGAGAGCUAUGCACUAAAGAGGCGCCUCAGCCACCUCAGAACAAGGAAAUGUGAACUUUGCAUAUCUAAGGUGUUUGUUCAGAUGAAGUGAUCAACAGGAAUCACGAGGCCAAACGCUCUGGAGAAAACCGCAGUUGUUGUCCAAGAAUCAAACGUUGAAUGUAGUUUUUAAAAGAUUGGAAAAAAAACAGACUUUAUUAAGUCGGCAGCUGUUUUUUUUUUUCUCCUGAUGGUUAACUGAUAAAAAAAAAAAUGUUGGAAAGGGAACAAAUAUCAGUUUAUGACACAAGCAGACUCACACACACGUAAUAGUUGUGAAGUGUGUGUGUGUGCUGCAGAUGAUAUCAAGGAAUCAAGAUGUCUUUGGAGGAGAUGAGCUUUAUAUCAAGCUGUCCUACAGUAUCCCUGCACUUUGUCUGUGUUUGUGUGCACAUAUGUAUGUGUGUGUAUGUGUGUGUAUGGGUGGGAGAUUAUGGCAACAUUAGCCAGUGAAUGUGCAAGCUAAUAAUAACCUGUUACUAAUAAAUCAAUCUGCUUUAACAGAUCAACCAUCAUGAGAAUGAAUCAGAAUAAUCUCAUUUCGACUGGUUUAACAGUCGAGCCUGUGACGCUGAGAAGAAAGCCAGCAUGUUGUGUGUGUGUGUGUGUGUGUGUGUGUGUGUGUGUGUGUGGGUGUGUAUGGAUUUGUCUUCCUGUCUUCUGCAUGUUCCACUGUGUCUCCGUGCAUGAUUGUAUUCAUGUUUAAUCCCGGGCUGCAUUGCCUGCAAGUUGUCUGAAGAAAUUUGCUAAUAUCUAAAAAAAAAAAAAAAAACAAAGAAAUCAAAGCGUUUGUUAUCGAGCCAACAUAUUCUGAACUCUACUAAUCAAAUGGCUUCUGAUGACUGUUUACGGUUUUAUCUGUGUUGCUUGGUCGGCGUCCUACAGUCAAAAACACGCACAGACACCUCUGAGGAGAGAGGAGAGCUUUGCUACUUUGAAAGCCAGCGUGAAUCCAUCAUGACAUCAUUUCCUGCUCUCUGAAACAGCUGAGUCUGGAUUUUUGUUCUGGAUUGAUACGGUUUAUAUUUAAGGCACUUUGGUAACAAAAAUUGCUUUUUUUAAUUGUCUUUUUUUUAAAUCAAAUUAGCAGUGCUCUUUAACCACUUUAUCCUGUCACUUCAUGUAUGGGCACCAGAGGGCGCUGCCUCACUUCUGUUGCUGCUUUCCAGCUCAGUUCCCUCAUGGCUAUUUUGCAAAAAAAUAUAUAUACAAGUGAAGGAGGCUGUUUUUAUUAUAUUUUUCAUUUUGAAGGAAGUCAUUUUUUUCUGCAUGUGUGAUGCUGAUCUGUCGCUCACGUCUGCAAUAAUGUGUUGAGCUGAACAAACUGAUGAGGGAGGAGCCCUUUAUGUCAGCACUGUCAGAUCACUCUCUUAAUGCUGCAUUUAAACCAUCAGAUCAGGCCAAGACGCAUUAAUGUGCCCACACUAGAAGAUCACCUGAGAGCCAGAUGCUGCACACACCUGCUUUGUGGUUACAUUGUUACUUCACCCUCAUACACCUUCAACUCGGUCGCAUGGGGAUUCCUGGACCCCUUUAAAAACUGCCUGCAGGUUUUUUUAAAUGUGUUUCAUUCUGUUUUGUUUCUGACAUAGGAUCAACGACUCGUGUGCAUCCUGGAGAUUUUUGUAUUCUUUGGUUAUUUUUUUUUUAGCCUUGAGGAUAUCAAAUUUGAUUUGACUUGCCAAAAAAAAGGCAAAGGAACAUAUUAUCACAUUUUGUUAAUUUCUCACGUUUUUUGUAUUUAUGACUUUUUUUAGGGUGAAAAGUGAAAGAAAAAAACAUUUACCUUUGUAUUCUGCUUAUGUAAUAUCUGUACAAGAAGAUUUCAUGUGUAUAUACUUUUGGUUUGCAGUUUUUUUUUCUACUUUUUUUUUCGUAUGGGACAUACUCAGACCUCUGGGCUGCAGUUAAUCUACACAUGUAUGCGGUUAACGCUCGACGUGACACCACUUACCAUCGACAGGGAUGGCACAAAGCAAUAACGGCUGCUCUCCCUUGAUGUACUGUACUUUAUGUCAGAUCCUGCCUUGAUUUUAUCAUUGUGUUUAGAACAUUUACUACAGAUGAAUGGGUUCAGCGUUCAGAGGCACUUCUAUCUGAGUUGUGAGGUGGGAGGUUAUUUCAAUAACACUCAUAGGACGGAGAUCUGUGGAAGCAGCUCCUUUACUUUAUCAUAGGAACUGAAGGCACAAGUUCAGGCUUUUCUGUAUCAGUCCUAAAUCACCGUUUUAUCACCAUGGAAACAUGAAGAACUACCAUGUACACAAGUUUCACUGUUCAACAUUGGAUUUCAUGGGACAUUAAUAGAAGCACACCAUCCUCUGUCCCCUCUGUCUCUCCACCACCCACGCCAUGCCUCUUGUUGUUUGUAUGCCAUAUGUUUUGCACAUUGUGUACAUAUUUAUAUAGAUGUAAUGCAUAUUUUUAUACAUGUGUAACAUCCAUGGGUUCUCUAUUUUGUAAAUAUUCAAAAAGAUGUAUAUAUAAGUACUGAAUGCCUUUAUGUGUCAAUAAAAAUUUGGUGUACUGUGA